AUGGCUAUUAUGAGUAUAAGCGUUGUCGUAUUAGACAUUAAACCUCCAGAGAUCGAGCAUGUUAACAUUGCCUAUUACAAAUGUGACGUGUCAAAAUUUGAAGAAGUGCAAGGUGUGGCCAGGAAAAUCGUGGAAGAUUUCGGUCACCCGACCAUUCUCGUUAACAAUGCCGGCAUUGUUAAGGGGAAGACCAUUUUGGAUGAAUCGGAAGCUGAGAUAAUCGAGUAUGAUGCGAAAACUGUUCGCACGACUUUGGUUUGUCCGGGGGAAAUAAAAACGGGAAUGUUUGAAGGCAUCGAAGUUAGAUUCCCUUUUAUCACGCCGCCAUUGGCACCGCUGGAUGUGGUAAAGCUUAUAUUCACCGCUCUGGAAAAAGAUCAGGGUCAAGAUAUUUUUGUACCUUAUUAUGUCCAUUUCGUGCCAGCAUUGAGAAUCCUGCCGUCAUUCGUUCAUGAUCUUGUUCAUAAGUAA